GUACAGCUACAUGAUCGACAACGUCAUUCUGCUGAUCACUGGGACCCUGCACCAGCGGUCGAUCUCCGAACUGGUGCCCAAGUGUCACCCUCUGGGAAGCUUUGAGCAGAUGGAAGCCGUGAACAUUGCUCAGACGCCUGCGGAGCUCUACAAUGCAAUCCUGGUGGACACUCCCCUGGCUGCUUUCUUCCAAGACUGCAUAUCCGAACAGGACCUGGAUGAAAUGAACAUUGAGAUAAUUCGAAACACGCUGUAUAAGGCUUACCUGGAGUCCUUCUACAAGUUCUGUAAGAUGCUGGGAGGUACCACAGCAGAUGCCAUGUGCCCGAUCCUGGAGUUUGAAGCUGACCGGAGGGCCUUUAUCAUCACCAUUAACUCAUUUGGUACGGAGCUGUCCAAGGAGGAUCGAGCAAAGCUGUUCCCACACUGUGGCAAGCUCUACCCUGAGGGCCUGGCUCAGCUGGCCAGAGCAGAUGACUAUGAACAAGUCAAAAAUGUUGCUGACUACUACCCUGAGUACAAGCUGCUCUUUGAAGGGGCUGGCAGCAACCCUGGAGACAAGACCCUUGAAGACAGGUUCUUCGAGCACGAGGUGAAGCUGAACAAGCUGGCCUUCCUCAACCAGUUCCACUUUGGAGUCUUCUACGCCUUUGUGAAGCUGAAGGAGCAGGAGUGCCGCAACAUCGUGUGGAUCGCAGAGUGCAUCGCCCAGCGGCACAGGACCAAGAUCGACAACUACAUUCCCAUCUUCUAACCCUGCUCUGCUCCUGUCCGACCCUCCCACCCCUGGAGUCCGGAGCGACCCAUCUCUAACUCCCUGAGUUAUCCCUUGCCCAGGUUCCAGGGAUGUCCCAUCUGUGGAACUGGCUCAGACGAGGAAAAUGUACAGUUGCUAGUUAACUUAUUCACAAGCUGAAGUUUGAGUUGUGUGUGCUGUGAGAGGUCCGGAGGGACCGGUGGCACAGGCUUGACCCCGUGUAGCAGGAGGGACACCUCCUGAUGUGU